CUUUUAAGUGCAAAUCACCAAACAUAUUAUUAUUAGAUCAGAUUGGGAUUUUACAGUCAUGUCUUUCUGUUUUACCACUUCCAAAAAAAAUAAAUAAAUUGAAAUAUAUUUUUCUGCAGGUUGUCCACUUGAGGGCACUUGUAGACUUGAUGAGGGUUUGGACAGACAGCAGCACUAGCAGACUUUACCGGGAAAACGCCCACAAAGUCUGCAAGUGUCCAAGUACAGUGAAAUUGGAUUCAUACUCAGGUUAAUUGAUCGCAGUUCAGGGUCAAACUCACAGUUUGUUGAAAAUGAUUUUGGAGACUUAUUGACCGUGUUAAGAAAGCUGCAGAGUUUUUUCUAGAUAAUUAUCUGUUAUUAAUACCAUUACACUUCCUGUCAAUGCUUCACAACAAAACUUCUAUGCCGGUCAAACCCUGUGAGGCUUUUAUUUUGAAGCACUUUACUGUCAGCCACGUGACCAUCAGCUUCAGCAACUCGCCUAUAAACGUGCCUCUUGCGACUGUACGUGAUUGUUUCAGUUUCCGUCACUUUCUGUUGUUUAAGGUAACAAUCGUGAUCAGAAUAAACAUUUCUGCAGCUUCUUCUCUGCGUCUGUGUCACUGGUAAGUUUAUUAAUUACAAUUAACUAACAGACUACAAGAGCACGACAAUAAUGUAAUGUUAAUGCUCUGUUUGAACUAUUGCCUUAAUGUUUAAAAUGCCUUCUAAUAGGUUUGGAUGCGUUAUAAUCUAACUUUGAAUCUCAGGUAAGUGGCUGUUUAGUUAACACCAGUAAGGUUAGUGUAGUGUUGUACACAAGGUGAAACUGAGCCCUGUUUUUAAACUAGAGUAAACUGAGCAGGCAGUGGUGGAAGAAAUACAAAACAUACCAAAACCACAGUGUACAGAUACUCCUUUUUAAUACUCAUCAUGUGUUUUAAAUCAAAGUCCUUCAUUCAAACUUCUACAUACUAUAUUUUGAACUGUCACUACACGACUAUGCUAUUUUCCAUUCAUUAAAACCCAUUGCCAAGUCGAUGAACUCUGCAGGUGAUAAAAUGAGAAUCAUCAUUUAUUUUUGGUAAGAGCUGAGUAUCUGAUUGUGACAUGUAAUCACUUCUGUUAUUGAUAAUCAGCUGUUUUUAUAAUAGUUUCAGUGUUUUGAUAAUUUAAAAAAAAUAAACAUACUAAAAUAUUCUCACUGCAGCUUCUUAAAUGUGAAUAUUUUCAGGUUUCUUUAGUCCUCUAUGAUAGUAUACUGAAUAUUUUUAGGUUGUGGACAACGUUGGUCAGGACAAAACGAGACGUUUUAGUCUUUGGACUUUGGGUAACAGUAAUCAACAUUUUUCAUAAUUUUCUGACAUUUUAUAGAAGAAACAAUUAAUGAUUAAUCACCAUAUAAGCAACAAAUUAAAUUAAUUAAAAAUGAAUGAAAAUAAGUCAGAAUUCUAAUAUUGUCAUUCUUUGCAUGAUUAAAUUAGAUUAUGUAUUAACUGUAGUAUCAGAAGAGAUGGCCUCCCAGGUCAGACUGAGGCUGCUGCCGAGUGCCAGAUGUUUGUUCGACGAGCCUGUUCAUAUGAAGGUGACCGGGCUGAGGUCGAGACAGGUGGUCACCAUGAAGGCCAGAUCAACAGACGAGAAGGGAGUGGUGUUCAGCUCCUCAGCCACCUACAGGGCUGAUGGGAGCGGGGAGGUCGAUCUGGAGAGAGACCCCUCACUCAGUGGGACCUACAAUGGAGUUGAACCCAUGGGUCUGCUGUGGUCCAUGAGGCCAGACACCUUACACAAAAGGUUUCAUAAAACCAGGUCACUAAACCCUCAUGUGGUGAAGUUCUCUGUUCAUGAAGUAGAGGGGGAGGGCAGGACGCUGGCAGAGGCGACCAAUGAGCGGCUUUUAAUUGGAGAUGGCGUCACCAGGCUUCCCAUCAAAGAGGGGAACAUUCGUGGAGUCCUGUUUACUCCUCCAGGACAAGGUCCAUUCCCUGCUAUCUUGGAUCUGUACCAUUUUGGGAGAGGUUUGUCAGAGAAAAGAGCGUCUCUGCUGGCAAGCAGAGGAUUUGUGGUUCUGACUGUAGCGCUGUACGGCCAUGAUGACAUGCCGAAGAACAUCAAGGAGUUCCAUCUGGACUAUUUUGAAGAGGCGAUACAACUUUUAAGAAAACAGGAUAAGGUCGGCAGUAAAGGAGUUGGAAUAAUAUCAAUUUCAAAAAGUGGAGACCUUGCACUUUCAGCAGCCUCUUACCUGCAAGGUGUUGAUGCCACAGUGUGGAUCAACGGCUGCAGUGCCAACACCGCUUUACCUCUUUACUAUAAGAAAUGCCAGAUCCACCCUCCCUUAAUGUUUGACGUCAACAAGAUUAUUCAAACUGAGUCAGGAGCUAGCAUAAUCAAGUAUGGUGGUGAUAAUCCUUUGGCGGAGGAGAAACGAGCCACCCUGAUCCCCAUUGAAAAGGCAGGGGGGCGUUUUCUCUUUAUGGCUGCAGAGGACGACCUUAACUGGGACAGCAAAGCUUAUGUGGAAGACAUGGUGGAGAGACUGAAGCGUCAUGGGAAAGAAAACUUUGAAAGUGUGUGUUACCCCGGAGCGGGACAUUACUUAGAGCCACCUUAUGGACCCUACUGCCCCUCCAGCUUCCACGGUUUCAUAGGCAAGCCAGUGAUGUGGGGUGGUGAGCCCAGGUCCCACGCAGCAGCUGAAGUCCACAUGUGGAAGAAGAUCCAGGAGUUCUUCAGAAAUCACCUGAGCUGUGAGGCUACACAGCAUACAGCCAAGUUAUAGAAUAGAAAAGACAUGGCAACAGAUAAAUCAUGAUAUCUUGGCUAAUAACAUGUCUGUCAGUACACAUUAAUGUUUUGAAAACAUUUGAAAACAAAAUACAUUCCACUAACUAACAGUUUAGUUUAUUUCAGUCAUUUUAAAUGUAAGUAAAUAUGUGUGUAAAGCAUCUCCAUUGGAAACAGUGACAAACCAGAAAAAGGCAGUUUAAAAGGAUGUAGGCUAAAGCAUUAGCUUAUAACACAAUUUUACUCCAUUAACUGAUAAACAUCUUUUUUUUGUUUUUGUUUUUUUGAUAUGCCGAUUCCUCCUAAUUCAUACUGACUCAUUUGAAUAUGAAACAGCCUCUGGAUACAGUCUGGAAGCAUCUAUCAUCAUCAUUUAUACAUUCAUUGUGCAAUUUUAAAUAAAUAAUGUCUUGGUUGGUUCAUUUUGGAUUUGUAAUUGUUUUGUAAGCGUUUCCCCAAACCUCCACACAGUAGGUAAUGUAUAGAACUAUUAAAGAAUGGUACAAUAUGCGUAUUGAGUUUGGAUUGAGGAUUGUUUUGUGUAAUAUUGCUAUCGUGGUGUAUAUGUGGUUUCUAGCAUAGUCUGUGGUCUUAAACCCUUUCUAUUUCAACAUUAUUUAACAUGAGUUGUAUUUGAUUAUUAUUUAUUAUUAUUUUUCGAUUUCCAAGUAUAAUAAAUUAAGUUGUUUUGUUUUUUUAUUAAUAUCAAACCAUUGUUUUAAAGUUUUCAAUUUGGUUUCCACUAUAUGUUAAAAUUUGAAAACUGAAAAAUCAUUUGAGGCUAAAUUAGCCGCUACAAGCACCAGAGGCACUCUGGACUGUAGACACUGGA